AUGGCCUCUCCCACCCAAGUCGAGGUUAAGCACCAGGUUCCCUUGUCAGCACCCGUCCCGUCGCAUCUACCCCUCCGGCCGCGAACUGCCGCAAUGGAGGCAGUGGAAGACCUGGUCUACGGUUCCGUUGCUGGCAUCGUCGGCAAAUACAUCGAGUACCCGUUCGAUACCGUCAAGGUUCGGCUCCAGUCACAGCCCGACAACCUCCCCCCACGAUACAAAGGGCCGCUCGACUGUUUUCGCAAGUCCAUUCGGGCAGAUGGUGUGCUGGGAUUAUACCGCGGCAUCAGUGCACCCCUCUUUGGAGCAGCACUGGAGACGAGCAGUCUAUUCUUCUUCGAGCGCGUGGGGCGCGAAACCAUCUACAGGGCGGGCCUAUGCCCUAGGGGCGACCCGCUCCCCCUGCCAGCCCUUUGGUUCACAGGUGCCUUCUCGGGCGUUUUCACGUCCUUCAUAUUGACCCCGAUCGAGUUGGUCAAGUGCAAGAUCCAGGUGCCAGAGACCGAGGGCGGCGUCGUCAAGGCGCCGCUGAAGCCGAUCCCAGUCAUUCGAGACAUCUUCCGCCACCAUGGCAUAAUGGGAUUCUGGCACGGGCAGCUGGGAACCCUGAUCCGGGAGGCCGGCGGAUGCGCGGCCUGGUUCGGCUCAAAGGAAACCACGACCAAGAUACUCCGCGACUUCAACGAAAGGUCCGCCACGUCGCACGCAGAGCUCGAGCACAUCCGCGCCGAGCCCCUCCCCCUCUGGCAGCAGGCGCUCGCCGGAGCGUCCGCGGGAAUGUCCUACAACUUCCUAUUUUUCCCGGCAGACACGGUGAAGUCCCGGAUGCAGACCACCCCGAUCGGCGAGUCGGCCAGCAAACGGACCUUCGCGCAGGAGACGGCGGCGUUGUGGAACCAGGCUGGCUUGCGGGGCUUUUACCGGGGAUGCGGAAUCACCGUCCUGCGCUCGGCCCCGAGUUCGGCCUUUAUAUUCAUGGUUUAUGACGGGCUGAAGACGUACCUGCCCAUGCAGUGA